AUGACCUCAAAGACUCUUAAUGUGAACAAAAGGGCAGAGACGUUGACAAAGGCUAUUGUGAUUGAAGAGAGAUUGGUUAAUACUUCUAUGAUCGAAGAAGAAGUGGAAGAGUAUGAAGCCUCGGCUGUUAACAUGGUUUUGGUACGUGAAACUUCACAAACCCUAGAUGAGCAAGUUGAUGUUGCUGGCGUCAAGGUGGAAGAAGAAGUUAAGGAGUCGUCAUCUAUAACAGUGUGUUCAAUAGUUGACAAACAAGCUUACGAAACCGAGGAGGUGAAGCAGGCUGACUACGAAGAUGUGAUUGUGAUUCGAGGGAAUGUAAAAGUGAUGGAGGUUUCGCAUGAAGAAGACCCAAAGGCUGAUUUGUCUAUUGUGUGUCAGGAUGUGAUUCUGGUAGAUACGAAAGUGUUGGAGGUUUCUCAUGAGGAAGGUCCAAGUGAUGAUGUGAUUCCAACAAGUCGACCACCAGAGGAAAAGAAGGAAGUAUAA